CUGUCUCUGGGAGACAGAUACAUGCGCACGCAGACACCAGCCCCAGUCGAGCAACACACGGACCCACCAGCCGACACGCUGACUUUCCUUCUCCUUCUGAAGGUAGGUAUUUGUGGGUGGAUAUUAGAAGAAAGGAAGUUGGAUCAGUAGCCUCCAUUAUUUGUUGACUUUCUUUGCUUGACCUGGGAGUGCAGACCCCCCAGGUGUCCCUAUUUUCCAGGGACACCCCUGAUUUAGAGAAACCGUCCUGGUUUCUGAUUUGAUCCUAGAACGUCCCGCUUUUCCUUAGCAUGUCCCUAUUUUCAUUGGAGAACUGUUGGAUGGUAUGGUGGGAUGUCCCUAUUCUCACUGGAAUUUUUUUGAAGGGUUUGGAGUUACCCGACCCCCAAGCAAUCAUGAAGGCAAUCCUGUACAGGGAAGUUUUUAAAAAUGUUUUAUUAUGUUUUUACCUAUGUUGGAAGCUGCCCAGAGUGGCUGGGGAAACCCAGUAAGAUGUGUGGGGUAUAACUAGUAGAAUUGUCAUUAUGGAAUGGGACGUCCCUAUUUUCAUGGGAGAAAUGUUGGAGGGUGUGGGGUGUGCCCAAGAAAAGCCUCUCACGUCCCCUUCAUUGCCCCACUGCAACACAACAGCCCUAGUUUCCGGUAGUUGCUGCCGCCCCCCCUUUACUCCUGCAAUCCCAAAUUGGAGGGAACCUGGGAUGCACUCAAGCAAUGGCUUCUUCAACGUGCCCCUUUGUGGUUUACUCAGAGUGUAAAGGCAGCCUGCAUUCUCUCCGAGCCUCUCCUAAACCUCAUAUGAGUGUGCUGUCCACGUACAGCUCCAGUCCUAAACUCCAAGUAGCUUGUAGCAUCUAGACAUAAGAAGAUUCUCAGUCCCAGAGUCUGGCAAACGUACACAUUUCAGCAAUCAAAUUCAAGAAACUUUUCUUGCCAAAGUUGGAAGCCACCUCCAGUCCCUGCUGAGCUGUGGCAAUAUUCUGGUCUGUGUUCCAUUGAGAAUCAAGAUAUAGCGGAGGCUGUCGCAGUUUUAAGAAAUAUAAUUUAUUCACCUAUUUACACCUUCAGUCCUCGUGGAGAGAGUCCAGAUCUUACAGCAUGGUCAUCUCAAGAGGGGCUUUUUCCCCACAGCAGUGCAGCGCAGGAGUCCAUGCAUCUCCUGUCAAAUUUGCUCUGGCCUUUGUUCCCAGCUAUUCCAAGCCUCCUGCCAAAGGCCCCAAAACCUUCUUGUGACAUCACACCCACCCCUUUCGUUCCUCUCAAUGACUGCUCUUCCUGCCUUUUGUCAAGUUAACAACUGGGACGGCUCCUCUGACAGGGGUCUCCUAUCACAGAAAAACUGGCCUGGCCUGAAUUGUGGCACUUUUUGCCAAAUCCAGCAAAGUCUGGUUCCAAGCAUUUAUUGCAACUAAGAACUUUGAGGACUCUGCCCACCCCCACCCCCCAAAAAGCACCCUAAAACACGUUAGCCGAGAGGUUUUGCAUCCUAAGGAAAAGAGGGCUGUGAAGUUGCUGAGCUGAUACACACACACACACACACACACGGCUUUUUUUUCAGUGGGAACCCAUUGGAACUCAGUUCCGGAAUCUCUCAGGUGAGCGCCAUUGCCAUUCUAAGAGAACAAGGAAGACGUUUAUGGUGAGUUGCGGCACCUUUUUCCAGAAAAAUAGCCAGGACUAAUGGGAUGUGGAGUCCAACAACACCUCAAGGCCACAGGUUAAUCACCUAUUGUUUAGUUAUUUUAUUACAUUUGUAUGGUUCUCCCUUUCCCCAGGUUAUCCUCUCAACAACCCUGUGAGGUAGGCUAGGCAGAGAGAUUAAGACCUCCCCAAGGUCGAACUUCGUGGCUGAGUGGGGAUUCAAACUCGGGUUUUUUGCUCCUUGUCCAGCGCUCAAACCACAACACCACACUGGCUCCAACUUCACACAAACCACUUCUCAUAUACACCCUCGUGAAGCACAAUAAGGACACGUGCGAGAAAGUUUAAUACAGAUGUAGAUGGAAUGCAGAAACAGGGUGAAAGUUUCUGCACUUGAAAGUUGGAAAAUGAAGCUGUUUAAUAGGCACUGACAAGACCAUAGAUUUUGCCUGCUAGGCAGUAGCGAGGAGUUCCAAAGGGCAACGCUGCCACACGAAGUGUCUGAUUCUGAGAGCACACAGAGCAGAUCUCCUGAUGAGACGGUAUCUGCAGAAUGCAGUGACUGGUUGGGUAUAUUAUGGGUGAAAUCAGGUAUACCGGUCCCCCAUUGUAUAGGGUUUUUGUACACUAAAUCCCUGAACUUAGCCUGGUAGUGAGUUUGCAGCCAGUGCCUCAAAGCCCUUCCUCAGAAUCACUCCUUCCCACAUUGCAAUGGACUAACUUCAAGCAUGCACUGCAUCCCAGGACGAUCCGAGUUAUCAGUUCCUUUCUCGUUGCAGGGUGUCUUCCCAGAGAGCGGCCAUGCUGAAAGUGAGCCCUGCGUCCUCUGUGCCUCUCCUCUUCCUCUUCCUCCUCUUCCUCAGCGUCUCCCCACAAUGCCACAAGGCCACGGAGGAUGAAUGCCUGGAACACAAGGACUUCGUCCCUGGGCACAGCUUGGCCGGCGAGGGCAUCGACAUCACCACUCUGGAGAAGAAAGGGGCAAAGGUCCUGGAUAUGAACCAGUGGCAGAGGCCGGACGGGAGCUGCACCUUGUGCCAGAACCCCCUGCUGGAGGGGAAGCCACUCCAGAGGCUCCCGGUGGCUGCCGUCGACUGGGAAGCCAAAACCUCGUGCCAAAGGAGCGUGCAUUCCUCUGUGCAGGAGUCUGGCAUCUCUCUGGUCCUGGCAGAAGGAUCCGAUGUGAAGAACGACUGGAAGGCAGGGCUGGAGGUGGAGGUGAAGCCCCAGGCCCUGGCCCGGGUGGCUCUGGCAGGAUCCCACUCCAAGAUGGCCGAAUUCAGCCGGGAGAAGAGCUCUCAGGACAAGUACAGUUUUGCGAGCCAUGAGGUCUCCUGCUCCCACUACAGGUGACAAAGGCAGGGAAUGGGGGAAGGCAGGGUAGAGGAAUGGCUUGGGGGCAGACAGGGAGAAAGGCCGAAGGGCCGUAGCUGGCUUUUCGUGCUAAUUUGUUAAGGGCGCCGGGAAAUGUAGAUCUGGGAGGCAGCGCCAGCCCGAGACGUUUCAGCACCCGAGGCAAACCACAAAACGGCCCCCCUCCAUUUGGGGUGAGUGAAGAUCUACAUUGGGAACAAGGGAGGGAAUCAAAUCAUUUACCCAAUGGCGGAAGUGGACAGUGCUGUCUUUCUAGAAAAAGUGGUGCCAGAGCUCACCAUGAACUUUUCCCUUGGAAACGGCACCCACCUGAAAGGUGCUGGAGAUGAGCUCCAGUGAGCUCUGGCUGAAAAUAAGUCCUGGAAGUGGGAAUCAAGGGUCUUUGCAGAGGCGAAAGGGGCCUGCUCUGAAUCAAGCCAGAUGGGUGCAGAGCCAGGGGCGUAGCCAGGAUUUUUGUUAGGGGGUGAACCUCAGUUUGCUAUGUAUUUUUAUUGAUUGGGGGCAGCUGCCCCUCCCUGCCCCCCCUUGGCUAUGCCCAUGUGCAGAGCCCAGGAGAUCUCAAAGGGCAGCGCCCACCAUUUCCUCCCUGGGGUGGGAAGAGACCAGCAGCGCCUCCUGUUCACCAAGAGACCCCUGUAGAAGUAGCAUCUGGAGGAGGCAGCAGAUCCAGCCUCCAAGGAGUGCUUUGCAACCAUUGCCGCCGCAAUCAUAAGUGAUGCAUUCCUUGGAAGCUGGAUCUGCUGGCCCUGUGGAUCUUGCCGUCUAAGGCGGUCUCCUCACCUUGCCUUAUGGGUGGGAGGGGUUGACUGCAUGGCCUGGAAGCAGGCCAAUCAAAUCAAGAAGCCACAUUUAAGCAAUUGCUACCCCACACUCCUAUUUGUCCAAUUUGUGAGCGGGGAGAGGGGGGGAAUGGUUUUGUUCCACAAGAAUUCCAGAUCAACCUAACUUGCCCCACCCCAAUUUUGCCAGCCUGCAAUCCAUCAGUGCCCACCGGAAAACAGUGACUGCCUGGGAGCUCCCUGAAUAACCUCCUCCUUUCCCCUGCAGCUUCCGCCUUGGGCAUCACUUGCCGCAGAGCAGCCAUUUCAAAUACGCUGUGAAGACCCUUCCCAAAAAGUACCAGCCUGACUCCCGGCUGGAAUACCGCCAGCUGAUCCAAACCUACGGGACCCAUUUCAUACAACAGAUUCACUUGGGGGGCCGCGUGAGGGACGUGACGGCUGUGCGUGUGUGCGAGGCAACGCUGGACGGGGCGACCACAGACGAGGUCAAGGAUUGCCUCAGCCUGGAGGCCGCUGCCAGCCUCGGCAAAGUCAAGAUGGACGCCGCCUUCCAGAAGUGUGAGGAGCUGAAGAAGAAGAGGAAUUUCAAGGGCUCUUUCCACCAGAUGUACAGCGAGCGGCAGACGGAGAUUGUGGGCGGGAACAGCCAGGCGGACGUGCUCUUCUGCGACGGGCAGAGCACAGAGCCCUUCAAGGACUGGUUGGAAAGCCUCAAAUCCAUCCCCGGCUUGAUCUCCUACUCCCUGAUGCCCAUCCACACCUUGGUGACCAAGGGGGACCCCAAGAGAGAGGGUUUGCGGCAGGCGGUAAGCGAGUACGUGAGAGAACGGGCGCUGUGGAGGAACUGCUCCCAGGCCUGCCCACCAGGGACGCGGCGCAGUGCCAGGGACACCUGCUCGUGCGUCUGCGCCAGUGACGGCACCACCAAUGCCAUGUGCUGCUCACGGGCGCGAGGCCUGGGCAAGCUGAAGGUGACGAUUGUGCGCGCCAGGAACUUGUGGGGAGACUACUGGUCACGGACUGACGCCUUCGUCAAGGUCUUCUACAACGGCAGGGAGAUGCGCACUCCCACCAUAUGGAACAACGACAACCCAGAAUGGAAGGUCCACUUGGAUGUGGGGAACAUCCAAGUCUUGGGGGAGACCAGCAAGUUGCGGGUACAGGUCUGGGACGAAGACAACAGAUGGGAUGACGACCUGCUGGGGUCGUGCGACGAACCCCUGCAAGCUGGGAAGCCGCAAAAUAAAAUAUGUUACCUUAAUCAUGGGAGCCUGGAAUUCCAAUACCACUUGGAGUGCGGUCCCUUUCUAGGAGGUCCCUACUGCUUGGAUUACGUCCCUCAGAAGCCGAACUAUGUAGGUGACUUGUUGCAAUGGAAUAGCUAAGUGGACACCGUCAAGCAAAGGGCUCCUUGAGACGGGGGGCCCAAUGGAUUUCUCCCUCAAGCUUAGAGGACCCCGGUUUUUUAAUGUUCAAUGUUUUAUUAUGUUUUUGUAUAUGCUGGAAGCAACCCAGUCAGAUGGACAGGGUACAAAUAAUAAAUUUAUUAUUAUUAGUU